GACGAAGAUGAGAUUACCCCUGAGCUUCUAAGAAAAAUAGGAGCUAAACACGCCUCGAUAGUUCAUGCUGGUCCAAAUCCAACCCCUCAACAUCUCGACAAUCUUUCAGAAAUUGCAUUAAGACAUAAAAUUAACCAUCUUGAUGCAGGAAAAAAUUACGCUUUAGGUAAUCCCAAAUCGAAGGAGCCCAUAUCUGAUUCCGAUUCUAAACCUGAAGCAAGUAAUAGUCCAAAACCCCAAACACAGGCAUCUUCGCCUGCGCUCUAG